CAGCCCGGGCUCAGUCUCUGCCCCUGCCGCCCGCCGCUCGCCGCCCGCUGCCGCCGCCGCCUUGAACAUGGAGCCCCCAGACGCGCGGGCUGGGGCGCGUAGGGCCCCGCGGUUGCUGGUGCUCGCGCUCCUGCUGGCGGCGCACCCAGGUUCCAAGGCUGAGGUCCGCCUGUCUGUGCCCCCCCUGGUGGAGGUGAUGAGGGGGGAGUCUGUCACUCUGGACUGCAGCCCCUUGGGGACCCAUGACUAUUUCAUGCUGGAAUGGUUUCUGGUCGACCGCUCCUGGGCUCGCCACCGCCUGGCCUGGGCCGAGCUGCAUGGGUCCAAGCUCUGGGACAAAGACCUCAACUCCCAGGGCCGCAGCCCCCCGUACCAGCUGGACUCCAUGGGGCGCCUGGUGCUGCCUGAGGCCCAGGUGGGUGACGAGCGCGACUACGUGUGCGUGGUGAAGACGGGGGCAGCAGGCAUUGCCGAGGCCACUGCCAGGCUCAGUGUGUUUGCCAAACCCGAGGCCCCGGAGGUCUCCCCCAACAAAGGAACCCUGUCUGUGAUGGAUGACUUUGCCCAGGAGAUAGCCACUUGCAGCAGCCGCAACGGGAACCCAGCCCCCAAGAUCAUGUGGUAUCGGAACGGGCAGCCCCUGGCCGUGCCCCUGGAGGUGAACUCCGAGGGCUACAUGACCGCCCGCACCGUCCGGGAGGCCUCCGGCCUGCUCUCUGUCACCAGCACCCUUUACCUGCGGCUCCACAAGCCCGACCGGGAGGCCAGCUUCCACUGCUCCGUGCACUACCACCUGCCCGCCGGCCAGCAUGGCCGCCAGGACGGCCCUUCCUUCUCCCUCACCCUGCACUAUCCCACAGAGAGCGUGCUGUUCUGGUUGGGCAGCCAGUCCACUGCCGAGGGCUGGGUCCGCGAGGGUGACUCUGUCCAGCUGUUGUGCCAGGGGGACGGCAGUCCCAGCCCGGAGUACACGUUUUUUCGGCUUCAGGACAAGCAGGAGGAUGUGCUAAAAACAAGUCUUGAGGGGAACCUGACACUGGAGAGGGUACAGCGGAACCAGAGCGGGACCUAUGGCUGCAGGGUAGAGGACUACGACGCCCCCGAGGAUGCAGAUCUCUCCAAAACCCUGGAUCUGCGUGUGGCCUACCUGGACUCCCUGGAGCUCAGCACAGGGGAGGAGCUUUCCUUAUCUCUGAGUAACAGCACAACGGUGACCUGCUCUGCACGAGGCCUGCCCACCCCGAUCCUACACUGGACCAAGGACUCAGCACCCAUGGGGGAGGACCCCACACUCUCCCUCCACUCCGUCACCUUCGAUUCCGCCGGCACAUACACGUGUGAGGCCUCCAUGCCCAAUAUCCCCCUCCUGAGUCGCACCCGGAGCUUCAGGCUGCUGGUUCAAGGGACACCAGAGUUAAAGGCAAAGGAGACUCAGCCCAAGGCCGAAGGCAGCUGGACCGAAGGAGAUAAAGUCACCCUGAUCUGCUAUGCCCGCGGCUACCCGGAGCCCAAACUCACCUGGAGCCAGUUGGGCGGCAGCCCCACAGAACCAGCCCCUGGAGGCCAGGGCUGGGUGAGCAGCUCCCUGACCCUGAAGGUGACCAGUGCCUUGAGCCAAGACGGCGUCUCCUGUGAGGCCUCCAACCCUCUCGGGAACACCCAUCACGUCUUCCACUUUGGAACCGUGGCCCCCCAGACCUCCCAGGCUGGCGUGGCGGUCAUGGCCGUGGCCAUCAGCGUGGGCCUCCUGCUCCUCGUCGUUGCCGUCUUCUACUGCAUGAGACGCAAGGGGCGGCCCGGCUGCUGCCGGCGGAGCGAGAAGGGGCCUCCGCCACCUGGGGAACCCAAGUUGAGCCACUCAGGAAAAGAGCAGCCGGAGCAGACAGGCCUUCUCAUGGGGAGUACCUCUGGAGGAGCCAAGCAUGGGAGCAGGGGAUUUGGAGAUGAGUGUUGAGCCUGAGGCCCUUCCCAGAGGCAGUCAUUGAACCCGACCCGGAUGGCAAGCAUCAGAAAACCAGCCCUGCUCACACCUCCGCCUGCCCCCACGUUCCUGGCCUUCCCUCUUCCCUCUCUGGGCCCUCCCUUCCUUCCUCUGUGGGCUGGGCAGGGAUCACAGCGGCCUGGGAGGGAGGGGACCUUCCUCCAGGGAUUGUGACUCUCCCAGGCCCCAGAAUAGCUCCUGGACCCGAGCCCAAGUCCUGGCCUGGGACGAGGCUCGAGGGUCGCUGGCUGGGGCUAUUUUUACCUCCUGCCUCCAUUGCUGGUCCCCGCCUCCCACCUGACGUCCUGCUGCAGAGUCUGACACUGGAUCCCCGCCCCCUGCCCUGACCCCGUCAUCUGUGGACACUGGAGUCUGGAAUAAAUGCUGUCUGUCACCUGGACACCAUCCUGUGGCCAGAGCCGCCGCCUCUAGGGGGUGAGAGGGGAAGGGGGUGCAGGUGGCGCUCCGGCCCUGCUGGCUCUCCCGCCCCCUUGCUGGACCUCAGAAGGGAUCUGAUGCCACGCCCCCUUGCUGGACCUCAGAAGGGAUCUGAUGCCACGCCCCCUUGCUGGACCUCAGAAGGGAUCUGAUGCCAUGGGGAAAGAAAUGAGAGCGAAGGGAUGGAGAGUGACUCAGCUGGAAAAAGCUGGAGAAGAGAGGUGCUGGCGGUCCAGAGGGAGCUGAACCUGGCCCCUGAAGACCAGUGCCUUUGGGGGGAGGUGGGGUGCUGUCCCCUUAAGUAAAAAAUGCCCAGUCUCUCUCGCCAGAGACCCAGAGGAAAUUGAAGCAUCCAGAGGAAAAGCUCUCUCUGAGCUGUAGAGUGGAUGGAAUUAGGGACUUAGGCAUCUUCUCUGAGGACAGCCUGGGGCCUGAAGCUGCGGGGUGGGAGAUGAGGAGGGGCAACUUGGAGGAACCCCCAUGAAGGGAUCUAGGCGGAGAGAAGAGAUGGCAGAAACAGCGAAACAGAGACUUGCCGAAGCGGAGGGAGAGGCAUUUGAAAGGAGAACAGAGAGGCUAAGAGGGAGGUCAGAGGGACGGGCUGGGGCAGCUCAGAAUUGAGAGAGAGCCACUGAGUCAGACAGAGAUGUGGGGAGAGAGAGGCAAAGACAGACAAAUAGAGACAUGUCCUGGAUCUAUUUACUGCGCAAUUCCAGACCACAGCAAUAGAGCGAAGAUCACAAUAAAGCAAG